UCUACAUACAGAGGUUUGAAAUUUAGGAGAGAUCUAGUUGACAAAUUCACAAGCUAGCUAGGGAGAAGCCCAUGUGCUAGCUGUUCAUUCACAAGCUCGAGGAGAUCCGCCAUUAAUGGGUGCAUGUUAGCUAGCUACCAUUAAUAAAAACUUUACUCACAUAAGAAGAAUAGUAAAGCUUCAAACACACUUAACGGACAAUGGGCUUAAGGCACAAAAGCCCUUCUUUAUUCUCCAUAAGAUCUUCAACCAUCCUCACCAUAACCCUCUUCCUCGCCUCCACCGUCUACUUCUUCUUUGCGCCGGCCCGGCAGUGGCGCUACCCGGACCACCUCGCAUGGGCUGUCCCUGCCCCGUUCGCUGGUGAUCUUCGCGACGCGAGAUUCCCAUGGAACAAGCUCUGUUACGGGCCAGCCUUGGAGAAGCUCAAACUAGCCGUCUUCUCCAAGUCGUGGCCCGUGGGCCCGGGCCCAGGCGGCAUGGAGCGCCACGCGUAUACUCUCUAUAGUGCUCUGGCCGCCAGGGGCCAUGAGAUCCACGUAUUCACGGUCCCCUCGGACAGGAAACUCCAUGGGGACUUGAUCCGCAAUGGCAGCCUUCGCCUGCACUUUGCUGCGAACGAUCACGGCUCGGUGAACCUAUCGCUCGCCUUUGAGAUAUUCGAGAGGGAAAACAAGGUCGGCGUAUUUGACUACGUGCACACAGAGAGCGUUUCUUUACCGCAUUGGCGCGCCAAAUCGGUGCCGAAAUUGGCUGUUACUUGGCAUGGGAUUUGGUAUGAGAUCAUGCACUCGAAGUUGUUUCAAGAGCUUUUCUGGAAUCCAAAAGGGAAGUUGCCUGGGCCCAUGGCUGAGUUACAAGAGGCAAUGCCACGGCUUAUUGAUGAAAUUAGGUUCUUUACAAGCUAUACUCAACACAUUUGCAUAAGCAAUAGUGCUGGUGAGGUUCUAGUCAACAUCUACCAACUCCCCCCCAGAAACGUCCACGUCAUACUCAACGGCGUGGACGACAAAAAGUUCGUCCACGACCCCAAAUCCGGUGCCAAAUUCCGGCGCCGACACAGUAUCCCAGACGACGUGAGGCUAGUAAUGGGUAUUGCAGGCCGAUUAGUGAGAGACAAAGGCCACCCACUUCUCCACCAAGCCUUCUCCGAAAUCUCCAAGCGUCACCCUGAUGUCUUCUUACUAAUAGCAGGCUCAGGCCCAUGGGGCAAACGGUACGCCGAACUGGGCACAACAGUGAAGAUCCUGGGGCCAUUAGAAGCAAACGAGCUUUCUGAAUUUUACAACGCGAUAGACGUGUUUGUCAACCCGACGUUGAGGCCUCAGGGGCUGGAUUUGACACUGAUUGAGGCUAUGCAUUGCGGGAAGCCAGUUUUGACACCGAACUUUCCAAGCAUUACGGGCACCGUGGUUUUGAACGAAGGGUUCGGGUAUACGUUUGCUCCGAAUGUGAAGUCGUUGGUGGAGGCGAUGGAAGCGGCGAUCCGAGAUGGGGUGGAGGUUUUGGAGAGGAAAGGCGGGGUUUGUAAGGAGUAUGUGGGUUCGAUGUUUACUGCUGAUAAAAUGGCUUCGGCUUAUGAAAGGUUCUUUUUGUGCAUGAAGAAUGCCAAGUAUUGCGAGUACCCUCUUCCUACAGAUUGUUGAAGAAGUUUGGUUAUUGAUUCAUUUUUGUUGGCUAAUUUAUUCGAAAUUAGCUUGUUCAUAAGUCGAAUCAAUCUUGAAAGAGCUUUUAAUGAGCGGAGCA